AUGAGUGAUAAAGAAACGUCUAGAAACGGAGGUGUAGACGAUGAGUUGUCACUUCCAAAAGCGACUGUUACAAAGAUUAUUACAGAAAUGCUUCCACCUGAUAUUGCUUGUGCUAAAGACACCCGUGAUUUGUUAAUAGAUUGUUGUGUUGAAUUUAUUCAAUUGAUUGCUUCAGAAGCAAAUAGUAUUUGUGAAAAUGAAGCAAAGAAAACGAUUGCAGCUGAACAUGUUUUUUCUGCGCUUCAAAAAUUGGGGUUUGAAAAUUAUCUUACUGAAGUACAAGAAGUAUUUAAAGAACAUAAAAGGCUUCAAAAGGAUCGAGACAAGAAAAGCUCUAGAUUAGAAAAUUCUGGCAUGACCGAAGAAGAAUUAUUAAAACAGCAAGAAGAUUUAUUUGAGCAAUCACGUCUCAAAUAUCAAGCACAACAACAAUGA